AAUAAUUAGUGCUUCAUAUAGGAUGUUAAUCACCACUGCUUUGUUAUUGCUACACUCGAAAAAAAAGAGUAUUGGUAUAUGGGGAGAUAUAAAUAAGUUAUGUUUAUAAAGCAAUCACAUUCACACAAUAUGUCUAUACUCAACACUGCAAAAAGGGGAUUCCCACAUCAUCUCAUAUGCGAACCAAGCACCAAUAUUUGUGUUCACAAUCUCCACCGUCGACUCGAGUACAGUCGUGUGCAGUGAAAUCGAAUCAAAUUCAGACAGAUUCAAAUAAUGUCAGCCAAUAAGUCUAAUAACUGGAGUACUCCAUCUACUCAACGAGGAAGCAACCAACGCAAUCAUCACCAUGGUGCAUCCUCCCAGCAAGGUAAAUUAAGUGAGGAGAUAAAACGGUUUACAUUGGAGUACACGUCCGGAUUACAUGCACCUGGUCGUGCUGCGAACACAAAAAAGGUUCCACCAAAAUCGAGUGUGCCUCCUUUCGCGGUGAAGGUGGUAUCAGAGAGACAUACAAAGGUGAAUAAAGUUGCCAGUUCUGGUGGCUCCUCAGGGAUAAAACCGGGUGGUCAUCAUAACAAACCGAACGCACCCCCCCAACAGCAGAAAAGCCGCGGUGGGGGACAGCAGAAGCAGCACAAGUGCAAAGUUUGCGGGCACGGACACAAGGAGGCGGAUUGUUCCCAUAAGGAUGCGUUGUGCUUCAUGUGCCGUAAAAAGGGCCACAUUGCGUCGGUGUGUCGGGAGAAAAUAAUCAAAGCCGCACAGCAACAGUCAUCCCCCGCAAUACAGGUGCAUGUUCACGUUCACCAGAGUAAUGUUGUGCAGAGUAACCCAGCCGGCAAAAAGAAAUAACCUUGAAAUAACUCGUUCAUGUAUUCCAUUAUCAAUAUCCAUUUAUUAGAGUGAAAUCAGUAGUGAUUCAGUUUGGUUGUAAAUUUUCGAAUACUAUUCUAGUUUGAAUAUGAGCCAAAAUAGAACCUACUCACAGGUUUCCUCAGCAGUGUUCUAUUCACGUUUGAUUUUUUUUUCAUUAAAUGAAAUGAUUAUGUUGCUGCUGAGGAAGGCGCGGUAAAUGCAAAGUGGAUUGAUCCGUACAUAAAAUGACGCAUUCAUGCACCAAAACAAUUGAAAAAUAUUUGAAUCUCGUGAUUCAUUCGUGGUUCAAAUCUGCAGAAAAUAGAACUGGGCGGUAUAACAGUUUUAAGCUUUAGAAUCUCGACUGUUAUAAAAAAUGAAUCUUGAGCCACUGCUGGGAAAGUGCAUGAUUCAGAUUCAUAUUCAAACUGACAGCCCCGAACGAUUUGAAUCACUGCUGAUUUUACUCUUAUACUCCUCUUAUACUCCCACUUCCAUGCUUCAAAUA